AUGCGUGAUAGUGUGUGCGUGUUUAUGUAGGUUUGUGUAUGUGUGUGUGCGUGCGUGCAUGUGCAUGCAUUUGUGUGCACGUGUACUGCAGGCUGGUGUUUGUUAACAAACAGCUCAGAGAAGAGCGUCUUUAUUCACGGCUCCAGCCGCAGCCGCAGCAGCCGUCUACGUCUGCAGAAAACGGCCAGCGCCGGAGAGCAGAGAGCAGCGCUGAUUAAAGAUGGAUGUAAGACUAGUGUCAGGAGGCCCCUGGGCCGGCUGCCAGGACUGUCAGCCGCUCAGGUGUCAGCGGCUGGCCGCAGCAACGGGAGCAGAGAACCGGAGAUCAGCAGGAGGAUCACGUCCUCCCGGGGCGAGAAGGCUGCACUCACCGCGGCACACCUGGUCCAGAACAAACAGGAAGUUCUCCGUCACACCAGGGGCCAAGGAGGGAUGAGGCGAUGGCGUCUUCUGGAGCCGAGUCGCCACGACGACGCACUUUGAGGAGGACCACCGGCGGCAGAACCCUGCUCCAGGACCUCCUCCACAAGGGAGGCUCUCACGCCCCAGGUGAGUUGGGCAGGGAGCCCAGGCUCAUCCAGUCCAUAGCCGGUCUGAUGAGGGGCAAGGGUCAGCUGCUGCUCCUGGAGAGACCUGAUGCUGUGGAGGUCUACAAGCUUAACAAGCCCACGGUCCGUUCAAAGGGAGCUGCUGCCGACCAGUUGUACCUGCCGAGGAUACCGAGAAGGCCCUCAAACCUGGCCUCGCUCAGGGCGUCCCUGAGCAACUCCUGUCCCUACCUGUGCGACCAGCGAAGGGGCAGUGUGUCCUCCAUGUGCUCCCAGAAAACCGUCAACUGGGAUAAAAAGACGAGCAGCCUGAAGGCCCUGGCUGAGGCUAAGAAGUCCAACGUCACCGUGACGAUGACCUACCUGGGGCUGCGCAACGCCCACUCCGGCUCAGGCACCUUACAGGACGAGCUGCGGGUCCUCCAGCAGGUGAACGGGGGGGAGAACCUCUGCGUGUUCAAAGGCCUGGUAACACCCGGAGAGCAGUUCCAGUUCCUGUCCCAGAGACACAGGGGCUACCCCUUCAGCGCCACCAUGUACGUCAACGGCCUGAUGGCCGCCCGCAUCAGCUCCUGCUGCGAGUACCGCUACUCCCCGGGCUUCCAGCAGGGCCAGCGGAGCUGCUUCAGACUGGCCUGGCUCUCCGGGGGAAUGCCCUGCCACAGAUGUACAAGUCUCCGAAACAAAUACGGCUCCUGCCAGCAGCUGAACAAUGGCACAAAGGAGAAUUUAAUUCCCCCGCUAGACCGGAACGCUGGCAAAGCCCCCGAUGAGGAGCAUCACUCAGCCCCCCCGCUCCUCCCCGCCGCAAAGCCGGAGAAGAAGAAGAAGAAGACGUUGAGGCAGAGGACACGGGAGCACAGCCGGGAGGCCAGCUGUCCGUCCAGCGACAGCGAGGAGGACCCCGCGCCCGCAGCCGCCAAACGUCCCUCCAAGCCCAAGAGACGCAAGGGCCGCCCCGGUCCGAGGGAGGGCAAGGGUGGGACGGGGGGCAGCGGCGGAGAGGGGAGGAGGCGGGGCAGUAAGGCGGACCCCAAGGAGACUCAGGUGCUGGGGGGCUACGACGGCAGAACCGCGACUCACAAACAGGUCCAAACAGACCAGGAGUCCCCCGGUCAGGGCAGGACCCCGCGGGCCAGGAGGGGGGUGGUGGACUCUGGGAGAGGGGUGGUGGACUCCGGGGGUCCGCAGGACAAGGAAGCCCUGACGAGGCACAAAGCGGGAAGAAAGACGGAGCCCGGAACAAAUGAGAAAAGCAGAGAUGGGGAUGGAACCAAGGACUACUAUGAAGAGUGUUUGGACAUGAGUGCAGCGCUGGAGCGGCGCCCAAACCAACACAACUGGUUCAAGGCAAACAUCUUGGAGCGAUGUCGUCUGAAGAAGCGCCUGGCAGCAGGCCCCCCAGGGACCAGCUCAGACCUGGAGCCCAGCGAGUGUGAGAGCGAGGAAGAGGUUCCCCCUGAAGAAGAGCCAGCAGAACCAGAGGUGGAAGAACCCCCACCAGAACCAGAGGUGGAGGAACCCCCACCAGAACCGGAGGUGGAGGAACCCCCAGCAGAACCAGAGGUGGAGGAACCCCCACCAGAACCGGAGGUGGAGAAACCCCCAGCAGAACCAGAGGUGGAGGUUCCCCCAGCAGAGCCAGAGAACCUGGGAGAAGAAGAUCUGCAGACACAGGCAGGACGAAAACAAACAUUUACGACGUGAAAUUCCUAAAAAAAGAAAUCGCAAUCGAUUUUGAGACAAAUACAAAGAAAAACUG